AUACGAGCGACUCGAUCAGUUGCUGGCGUGCCGUCAAAGCCUACGGAUGUGUGCCGAAUCGAGACGGAGAUUUCGACUUUAGGAUAAUACGCGACCGGAUAUAUCCUGCGGCAAUGCGCAGGCGCAAAGUGCCGAAUAAAUUCUGAUUUUUAAGUGACAACUUCUGUGCCAGAUAAUUAAAACUCAAGUGCUGUUGCUCAAGUGUUAGCCACUCAGCAGGGACAAGGAGACGAUACAAAAAAUAAUCUAUAUAUAUAUAUAUAUACAUAUAUAUAUAGUCGAGAGUGUGGAAAUCGCGAAAAGUGAGGCAACGUUUAUUGUGCUGUCCUGUCAGCAAGGAGCCACAAAAUGGAUUUAUCGAGGCGGUUGUGCUCAACUGCCUUGGUAGCAUUCAUUGUUCUGGCCGGCAUCCAUGAUUCCCAGAGCAGAUUCCCUGGCCUAAGACAAAAAAGACAAUAUGGAGCGAACAUGUAUUUGCCGGAAAGCUCUGUGACGCCUGGCGGUGAGGGUAACGAUCCCGAUGAAUGGACACCCUGGAGCUCCCCUUCGGACUGUUCCAGAACCUGCGGCGGUGGAGUGUCCUACCAGACUCGAGAGUGUCUACGCAGAGACUACCGUGGCGAGGCAGUCUGCAGCGGAGGCAGUCGCCGUUACUUCUCUUGCAACACACAAGACUGCCCAGAGGACGAACCCGAUUUUCGGGCGCAGCAGUGCUCCCGUUUUGAUCGACAAAAGUUCGAUGGAGUCCUUUACGAAUGGGUGCCCUACACAAAUGCGCCCAAUCCUUGCGAGCUGAACUGCAUGCCGAAGGGCGAGCGCUUCUACUAUCGUCAGAGGGAGAAGGUGGUAGACGGAACCCGCUGCAAUGACAAGGAUCUCGACGUGUGCGUGAAUGGGGAGUGCAUGCCCGUGGGUUGCGACAUGAUGUUGGGCAGUAAUGCCAAGGAGGACAAGUGCCGCAAGUGCGGUGGCGAUGGAAGCACCUGCAAGACCAUUCGCAACAACAUCUCAACCAAGGACCUGGCUCCGGGCUACAACGACCUGCUGCUCCUUCCACAAGGUGCCACCAAUAUUCGUAUUGAGGAACCGUUUCCAUCCAGUAAUUAUUUGGCCUGCCGGAACCAUAGUGGACAUUACUACCUGAACGGUGACUGGCGCAUCGACUUCCCCCGCCCAAUGUUCUUUGCUAACUCGUGGUGGAACUACCAACGCAAACCUAUGGGUUUCGCGGCUCCCGAUCAACUGACCAGCAGCGGACCCAUCUCGGAGAGUCUAUUCAUUGUGAUGCUGGUUCAGGAUAAGAACAUCAGUCUCGAUUACGAGUACAGUAUCCCGGAGUCUCUUACUCACGCGCAACAGGAUACGCACACGUGGACUCAUCACCAAUUCAGUGCAUGUAGUGCUUCCUGCGGCGGUGGAACUCAGAGUCGCAAGGUAACCUGCAACAACCGCAUUACUCUGGCCGAAGUCAGCGCUCAGCUGUGCGAUCAAAAGUCCAAGCCGGUGGAGGAACAAGAGUGCGGCACAGACCCCUGCGCCCCUCACUGGGUGGAGGGAGAGUGGUCUAAGUGCUCCAAGGGCUGCGGAUCCGAUGGUUUCCAAAACAGAAGCAUCACCUGCGAACGAAUCUCGUCUACCGGUGAGAAAACCGUUGAAGAGGAUGCAGUUUGCCUUCAACAGGUGGGAAACAAGCCUGCCACGACACAGGAAUGCAAUCGCGAUGUGAAGAACUGCCCUAAAUAUCAUCUUGGACCCUGGUCACCAUGUGAUAAGCUCUGCGGCGAGGGUAAGCAGACCCGCAAGGUAACCUGUUAUAUUAAGGAGAACGGACGUAAGCGAGUCCUGCCGGAAGAAGAUUGCGUAGAGGAGAAGCCCGAGGCGGAGAAGACCUGCCUUUUGACACCUUGUGAAGGUGUAGAUUGGAUUAUCUCUCAAUGGAGCGGUUGCAAUGCUUGUGGUCAGAAUACUGAAACCCGUACGGCCAUAUGUGGCAACAAAGAAGGUAAGGUGUAUCCGGAGGAGUUCUGCGAACCCGAAGUUCCUACUCUAUCUCGUCCAUGCAAGUCGCCCAAGUGCGAGGCUCAGUGGUUCUCCUCGGAGUGGAGCAAGUGCUCUGCUGCUUGUGGAAAGGGCGUCAAAUCCCGCAUUGUGAUAUGCGGCGAGUUCGAUGGCAAGACAGUGACUCCAGCUAGUGAUGACUCAAAGUGCAACAAGGACACGAAACCAGAGCAGGAGCAGGAGUGCGAGGGCGAGGAGAAGGUGUGCCCCGGCGAAUGGUUUACUGGUCCUUGGGGCAAGUGUAGCAAGCCAUGCGGUGGCGGUGAGCGGGUUCGUGAAGUCCUGUGCCUGUCUAAUGGAACCAAGUCCGUAAACUGUGAUGAAGAAAAGGUGGAACCUCUAUCAGAAAAGUGUAAUCCCGAAGCCUGCACUGAAGAUGAGAUAUUGCCUUUGACCAGCACCGACAAACCGAUCGAGGAUGAUGAGGAGGACUGUGAUGAAGAUGGUAUUGAGUUGGUUGGCGAUAACUUGCCAGAAGUUGACAAAAAGGCCGAUAUAAUCGAUUUCGAAGUUAAAUCGGAUAAGGAAACCACACCCGAGGCCGAAGAGCUAAUGCAAAGUGACAGCCCGACACCUUACGAUGAGUCUGAAUCGACUGGUACCACAGUUGAGGGAUCAGGUGAUGACUCGGAGUCAACCACCGAUAGCGGAAUUUCCACAGAAGGAAGUGGCGACGACGAAGACACUUCUGAGGCAUCCACUGAUUUGUUGAGCUCGACGACAUCCGAUUCUAGCUCCAGCGAAUCCAGUUCCAGCGACUCCAGCAUUUCCAGCGAUGCAACUUCUGAAGCUCCAUCUUCAGUGUCCGAUUCAAGCGACUCUAUAGACCAAUCUACAGAACCUACAGCGGUUUCUGGUGAAUCGACUGACUCUUCGAGCUCCACGGAAGCGUCCGCCUCAGACUCAACCGAUGUUACAGGCUCUUCAGAUGCUUCAGAUUCUACUGACACUACAGAAUCUUCGGGCUCGACCGAUGCGUCAGACUCCACUCCUGAGGGCUCUACAGAGUCCUCAAGUUCCACAGAUGACUCCACUGACUCUUCGGACAAAACGUCAGACGUCAGUGAAUCUUCGACUGAGGCUUCCUCUUCAUCAGUGUCUGAUUCUAGUGACACUACUGACGGCUCCACGGAUGGCGUAUCUAGCUCAACUGAGAGCUCCUCGGACAAAACAUCUGAUGCGUCUUCCGAAUCAACAGUCUCUUCAGAUUCUACGGACUCCACUUCAGAUGAAACAACGGAAACAACUCCUGAAUCUUCGACUGAUACUACAGAAUCUUCUACCCUGGACUCAUCCUCAACUUCUGACGCCUCUUCUAGCAGUGAAUCUUCAUCAGAAAGCUCAACAGAUUCUUCGGCUUCCUCUUCUACUUCUAACUCUGAAGCCACUGAUUCCACUAACCUAUCUAGUGAUGGAUCAACCACAGAUGCCUCCACUGUGGAUGCUUCUACUGAAAGCUCCACUGAGGGUGCUACUGAUGGGUCGACUGAUCGGUCCACUGAUGAUGCUACUGAUGAAACUACUGAUGGUGCAACUGAUGCAUCCACUGAUGGCUCCUCUGAUAACACUACUGAUGGCUCCAGCGAUGACACAACAUUGUCAACAGAUUCGUCUGGAUCAACUGAAAGCACUGAAGCUGGUGCCAGUGAGGGUUCGACCACUGAGGGUAGUUCCACAAGCUCUGAUAAUACAUCAGACUCCACCGCCACAGAAUCUUCAUCAUCCACUGACGUUUCUGGAUCGACGGAAGCGUCGGAAUCCUCCUCCACCGACGUAUCCUCCUCUGAGGCCACCACAGAUGCUACUGAAUCCACCGAAAGCACUGCUAGUGGAGAAACGAGUGAUACCACAGAAAGUGGUCCAACCGAAGAGAGCACUACAGAAGGAUCCACAGACAGCUCAACUGAAGGAUCCACAGAAAGUACCCAGUCUACAGAUCUUGACAGUACAACUAGUGAUAUCUGGAGCUCCAGUGACAAAGAUGACGACUCCGAGACCAGUACCCCGUACUCCUUCGAGUCUGAAGUCGGGAAAAUCAAGCCUCGCAAAUGCAAGCCGAAGAAGAGUGACUGCGUUAAAUCCGAGUAUGGUUGCUGUCCAGAUGGUAAGUCCACUCCAAAGGGACCCUUCGACGAAGGAUGUCCCAUUGCCAAGACCUGUGCCGAUACAAAGUACGGUUGCUGUCUGGACGGAGUGUCUCCGGCUAAGGGCAAGAACAACAAGGGUUGUCCCAAGUCCCAGUGUGCUGAAACCCUCUUUGGCUGCUGUCCCGAUAAAUUCACUGCUGCAGAAGGAGAGGAUGAUGAGGGAUGUCCCGAGACCACCACUGUACCGUCUACAACCACCACUGAGGAAUCACAGCCAGAGUCAACCACUGAGAUUGAAGGAUCAGGCGAUGACUCGACUACAUCUGAGCCAGAAACCAAGUCCUGCUCUUAUUCCGAAUUCGGUUGCUGUGCUGAUGCUGAAACUCCUGCCAAGGGCGCCGACUUUGCUGGUUGUCCUGAAGUCGAAGAACCAAAGGGACCCAAGGGAUGUGGACAGUCUGAGCACGGAUGCUGCCCGGAUGGCCAAACUGCUGCCAGCGGUCCUAAUGGUGAGGGCUGUUCCGGCUGUACUCGCGAACGAUAUGGCUGCUGUCCCGAUUCCCAGACCCCGGCUCACGGUCCCAACAAGGAGGGUUGCUGCUUGGACACCGAAUUCGGCUGUUGCCCCGACAACAUCUUGGCCGCCCGUGGACCCAACAACGAAGGCUGCGAGUGCCAUUACACGCCCUACGGUUGCUGUCCGGACAACAAGUCGGCAGCCACUGGCUACAACCAGGAGGGAUGUGCUUGCGAGACGACCCAGCAUGGCUGUUGCCCAGACAAGAUCACUGCUGCCAAGGGACCUAAGUUCGAGGGUUGUCCUUGCGAGACUACCCAGUUCGGAUGCUGUCCAGAUGGCAUCACCUUCGCCAAGGGACCACACCAUCAUGGAUGCCACUGCACUCAAACGGAAUUCAAAUGCUGCGAUGACGAAAAGACUCCGGCCAAGGGCCCCAACGGCGAGGGCUGCACCUGUGUGGAGAGCAAGUUUGGCUGCUGCCCCGAUGGAAUUACCAAGGCGACCGACGAGAAAUUCGGAGGAUGCGAGAAUGUCGAGGAGCCACCGCAAAAGGCCUGCGCCCUGCCCAAGGAGACGGGCACCUGCAGCAACUUCAGCGUCAAGUACUACUUCGACACGUCGUACGGAGGUUGCGCUCGGUUCUGGUAUGGUGGCUGCGAUGGCAACGACAACCGCUUCGAGAGCGAGGCCGAGUGCAAGGACACCUGCCAGGACUAUACCGGAAAGCACGUCUGUCUGUUGCCCAAGAGCUCCGGCCCAUGCACGGGCUACACCAAGAAAUGGUACUUCGAUGCGGACCGCAACCGUUGCGAGGAGUUCCAGUACGGUGGCUGCUACGGCACCAAUAACCGCUUCGAUACCUUGGAGCAGUGCCAAGGAACAUGCGCCUCCAGUGAAAAUCUUCCAACCUGCGAACAGCCUGUGGAGAGUGGACCUUGUGCUGGAAACUUUGAACGUUGGUACUACGACAAUCAGACCGAUAUCUGCCGACCAUUCACUUAUGGAGGUUGCAAGGGCAACAGGAACAAUUAUCCGACGGAACAUGCCUGCAACUACAACUGCCGCCAGCCGGGCGUGCUUAAAGAUCAUUGUGCGCUUCCUAAGCAAACCGGUGAUUGCAGUGAAAAGCUGGCCAAGUGGUACUUCUCCGAGAAUGAGAAGCGCUGCGUGCCAUUCUACUACACGGGUUGUGGUGGCAACAAGAACAACUUCCCCAGUUUGGAGUCCUGCGAGGACCACUGCCCCCGGCAAGUUGCCAAGGAUAUCUGCGAGAUUCCAGCAGAGGUGGGCGAGUGCGCCAACUAUGUUAGCAGCUGGUACUACGACACCAAGGAUCAGGCCUGUCGCCAGUUCUACUACGGCGGCUGCGGAGGUAACGAGAACCGAUUCACUUCUGAGGAGUCCUGUUUGGCGCGUUGUGAUCGCAAGCCCGAACCCACAACAACGACGGCCGCACCCAAGCCGGAUAACAGCAGGCAGGAUGUUUGCGACGAGGAACCAGCUGCUGGCGAAUGCAGUGAUUGGGUUCUCAAGUGGCACUUUGAUCGGAAAUAUGGUGGUUGUCGUCAGUUCUACUAUGGCGGUUGUGGCGGCAAUGGCAAUCGCUUUGAAACGGAGAGUGAUUGUCAACAGCGUUGCAGCAGACAAGAACGUCCUGCCCCGACAACUCCACGAGCUCCUGCUCCCACCAGGCAACCUCCUCAACCAGCUCCACCAGCUGCGGCCCAGUGUGAUCAGCCCACUGAUCCAGGUCAAUGCGAUGAAUGGGUUCUCAAUUGGAGUUACAAUCAGACCGCGGGUCAAUGCCAGUCGUUCUACUAUGGCGGCUGUGGUGGCAAUGAAAAUCGCUUUGGCACUGAGGAGGAAUGUUCAUCUCGCUGCUCUCCUAAUAUAGACACCCGGUUUGGAAACGAUGAUGACCCUCCAGAGGAAAUUCGCCCUGAAUCUGACACGUCCAAGUGUUUCCUGGCUCCCGAGCUGGGCAACUGCUUCGAAAACGAGACUCGCUGGUUCUACAACAGCCAAGAGGGUCUCUGUGACGAGUUCAUUUACACAGGCUGUGGUGGAAAUGCCAACAACUAUGCCAGCGAGGAAGAGUGCCAGACUGAAUGUAAUGACGCCCAGACCACAUGUGCACUGCCUCCUGUCCGAGGACGCUGCAGUGACCUUUCCCGACGCUGGUACUUCGAUGAGCGAAGCGGUGGAUGUCACGAAUUUGAAUUCACCGGAUGCCGCGGUAAUCGCAAUAACUUCGUCUCUGAGAAUGAUUGCUUAAGAUUCUGCCGGGAACAAGGACCCGUUGAUCCAGAACCACCACAAGCACCGACCGACUCCGUGUGUAGCCAGCCACCGGAGGCUGGUGAAUGCGACAACCGCACCACCGCUUGGUUCUAUGACAAUGAGAACAUGGCCUGUACGGCCUUCACCUACACCGGAUGCGGUGGCAAUGGAAAUCGUUUCGAGACGCGCGAUCAGUGCGAGCGCCAGUGCGGCGAGUUCAAGGGAGUUGACGUUUGCAAUGAGGCGGUGACUUCGGGUCCAUGCACUGAUUGGCAGACCAAGUACUUCUUCAACAAAGCGAGCCAGGCUUGUGAGCCAUUUACCUAUGGUGGUUGCGAUGGCACCGGUAACCGUUUCAACGAUUUGUACGAAUGCCAGACAGUUUGCUUAGCAGGUCGCGAACCGACUGUGGGUUCGGCUAAAGAAAUCUGCCUGCUGCCAGUCUUGACGGGCCGAUGCAAUGGACCUUCGGUGCACGAGCGCCGUUGGUACUACGACGACUCGCUAGGAAACUGUGUGUCCUUCAUAUACGCGGGUUGCUCCGGCAACCAGAACAACUUCCGAUCCUUCGAGGCAUGCAUGAACCAAUGCCGACCGGACACGAACGAUCAAGACAACGGAAUUGGACAGAACCCGUGCGAUAACUUCGAUGCCGAGUGCCGGGAAAUUCGCUGUCCUUAUGGCGUACGCCGUGUGGCUGCCCAAUCCCAGCCAGAGUGCACACAGUGCGUCUGCGAGAAUCCGUGUGAGGGUUACGAUUGCCCAGAGGGACAAAAGUGUGCCAUCGAUGUGGCCAGUUCCGACGAUAGACAGUUUGCUCCUCUCUGCCGCGAAAUCAAUAAGCCGGGCGAGUGCCCAGCUCUGUCGGCCAAUGCCAGUGGUUGUGCCCGGGAAUGCUAUACUGAUGCGGACUGUCGUGGUGAUACCAAGUGCUGUAGCGACGGCUGUGGACAGCUCUGUAUUCAUCCCGCUCGCCCCACUCAGCCUCCAAGGACUCAGGCUCCUGUGGUUGCCUAUCCUGGAGAUGUUAGGGUCGCUCUGGAACCCAAGGAACGAAGUGAGGUGGAUGUCCAGACUUCGAUCGGCGGCAUUGCCGUGUUGCGCUGCUUUGCCACAGGCAACCCAGCUCCGAAUAUUACCUGGUCGCUUAAUAACUUGGUGAUCAACACGAACAAGGGACGAUAUGUCCUGACCUCUAACGGUGAUCUGACCAUUGUCCAGGUGCGUCAAACCGACGAUGGCACCUACGUCUGUGUUGCCAGCAACGGCCUUGGAGAGCCUGUGCGACGUGAGGUUGCUCUCCAAGUUACAGAAGCCGUAAAUCUGCCCGCUUAUGUUUACGGUGAUAAGAACGUUACCCAGAUCGUACAGUUGAACCGUCCGGCUGUGAUUCGCUGUCCUGCCGGUGGUCAUCCAAAGCCCCAUGUUAGCUGGUGGCGCAACGGAAAAAUGUUUGGCCUGAAUAAUAACCUUAUGGCCCGUGACUACUCGCUGGUCUUCAAUUCGAUCCAGUUGACGGAUCUUGGCCUUUAUACUUGCGAGGUCUUCAACUACCGGCGUCCUGUCUCGUUGCGCGUCACUCUGAAGGCGGUGGGUCCGGUCCGGGCCCUGAGCCUCGAGGAGGAACCAUACUUGCAGUAUGUGUUAAAUCCGGCCACCCCUCCAGUAACCCAGCGACCCAGAUAUCCCUUCCGACCCACUCGACCGGCCUACGUGCCUGAGCCCACUGUAAAUGUCCAUGCCGUGUUGGCCCUGGACUCGAAGAACAGCUACGCAGCCGGAUCCACCAUUGCCAUGAGCUGCUCCGUACAAGGCUAUCCGGAACCCAAUGUCACCUGGACCAAGGACGAGGAGCCUCUGUACAAUAAUGAGCGGGUUCAAAUAACAUCCCAGCCACAUCGUCUGGUAUUGAGUAAUGUGAACCCCGAAGAUUCGGGCAAGUAUACCUGCAGGGCCAGUAAUGCGUACACCUACGCUAAUGGAGAGGCGAAUGUAACCAUUCAAUCCUUUGUACCUGUGUCGCCCGAGUGCGUCGACAAUCCGUACUUUGCAAACUGCAAGCUGAUCGUCCAUGGCAGAUACUGUUCCAAUCCAUACUACUCCAAGUUCUGCUGCCGAUCGUGCACGUUGGCUGGCCAAGUGGCCACGUCUUUUCAUCCCAAUGCGGUAUAAUUCCACACAGAGAGCAGAGUAAUUUUGUUUAGUUUUCGGAUUGAAUUGAGUUUAAACGCACCACACAAGAAUAAUUGGAUCGACAUUCGCGGACAUCCCAUCAUUCAAAAGCAGAUAGACCAAAAAGCCAACCGUUGCUUAGCCAUAGCCAAAAUAUAGCCUACUGAUCAAGAACGAACGAACUUCUAUUGUAGUAUUCUUACUCUCUUCCAGAACAAAAUCAAAUAGUAUUAGUGUUUUUAUGUUUGUGUUCCUAUUUAUUCUUGAUAACGAGUAACCUUAAAUUCAAUCGAGGAAAGAAGCGGCUAAAACGAAUUUGCCUUCAUAAUUUUUAGUUUCUACGACAUUUCUGUGCAACGAGUAAAGCAUUUAAGCCUAAAAACAAAUAAUUGUAAAUAAAUUAAAACUACCUAAUAAAGAGUGCAUAUGUAUAAAAGAUGA